AUGAAGGCGCAUAUACUUGCUCAUGGUGGAUUGUUAGGGUGUUCCAAAAUUUCGGAUGACAUCUCAACAACUAAAAGCCUGACUAAGCCAGGUGGCAUUGCAAACAUGGUGAUCUCACAAAUGCCCUUGUAUUGUUCAACGAGAUGCAAACACAAGGGAUUCAAGCACCAAGCUCAAUUCUCUGUUGCACAUGCAUGUUCUAGCAAGCAGCCCGGAAACCUCCUCCCUGUCAUAUAUACUUCUGCCUAUGAAGUGAAUAAUAACAGGCCAAAAGAGAGUAAUAAUGACUUACCUGUGACGUGGAAUACCACCGAAGGAGGCUUCAGGAAGAGGAAGUAA